AUGCCAGGAAAAGGAGAUAGAACAGAUGACGGGAGUGACAUCGGAAAGAGAAAUGAGCAAAUAUCUGAUACCGGAAGCCCUCUUCUGGAAGAACAUGAGAAAAAAACGAAUACAGUAACACGCCGCACAUUGUAUGUUGCCGUUAUUUUGGCGUGUACAGUUACUGCAGUGUUAAUGGGAAUAGUUUUUAUCACAGCCUCGUUGACUAGAGGUUCACAAUGUCCACAUUUCAUUGAAAAAAGUAACAAUGGGUGUGGUUAUCCAGAGUCCCCACAAAGCACCCUGCGCGAGUGCUUGCGUGCAACAAACCUAAGCACAAUUGAUAAAAUAGAAAUUUUCGGAACGAACAACAUCGACGUUAACAAUUGCUUGGUAAAGAAUAACAUGGCUGAUAAUACUGGAACAAAUGCUACCAACACGACGUCAUUCCUACUUACAGAUGAUACAUGUCCAUCUGGCGACUACUUGCUGGUCCGACGCAAUGAUCAAGUUAAUGGCAGCGAUCUAAUUCGUCCAAGCUGUGAGCGAAUGGUUAUUGGGAUUCUGACAGAGCAGUUGUUUUACUCCAGAGAGCAUUGCUUCAACCUUGCAUGUAAGUCAAACGCCAAUGUUGUAUACUACGAUCCAAAGGUGGAGUGCGCAGCGUAUAAAUGUGAAUCGGAUUUGAAUGGAUUAGACUGGGCGUACACAUGGACGAUUGCCGCGACGAGUUCGGGGAGGACAUAUGCACGGCCACAUAGUUAUGCAAAACCGUGUCAUAACUCACAUUUCAUGAACAGAACAGUGGCGAAUGUUCGGGCGACGUGUUUCACUAUUUCAAAUACUAUCGUUGAGAGCUUAGCAGAAUGUAUGGACAAAGCGUGCAUGGAUAAAGGAAAUACUUUCAACUUUAUUGUCAAUGGAUCUUAUAGAGGAAUGGAAUGUGAAACACAACACUGUGGAUGGGAUAUCACUGCGAACGAUUAUGUAUUCGAUCUACGACAAAAUGAAGAUGGACAUUCAGUGGUAUAUAGUCUGUCUCAUAAGAUCAAAUCUUGUAAGAAUUUACUUAAAACUCAACCAGUCGAAUUCCCGGUGCUUCUUCUAGGACAAUGUGGACAUCCUGGUUAUUUCAAUGCAGAGCUGUUAGAAUCGACAAACCAAGAAAUACCAAAUGACUUUUGCGAAUCGGGAUCAAAUACAUUUAUUCACAUAAACGGGGAUAAUAAAUAUCUUGCCUAUAAAUGUAAUUCAAACCACGAAGGCACAUAUUGGAAAUUCUAUGACAACAAAUGUUAUGGCGAUGGGGUAUUUGCGAAAUGGUGGAUUGUCCCUCACCCUGGUACUCCAAAUUGCAAAUCGGACAUGUUUACACUGAGACGUAUGGCACCAUCCUGUCAGAAGUCCAAUUGUAACCCAAGUCGUUUUGAGAAAGUCUCGACUGCCCGGGAUUUACGACAAUGCAUGCUACAUGCGUGUGAAAAAGGCUACAAUGUCAUUAACUAUUUUAGUAACGCAACUGUUGUUCUCUGUGAGCUGAGGAAUUGUCACAGAUAUAAAGAUGGUGACUAUGACUUUCGGUACGAAGCUACGGAUGGGACACAUGGAUAUGAUGUCUAUGCAUUACAGCCUUAUGCUAGCAUUUGUAAAGGUCAUGCAAGUAAAUCCUUGUACGCAAAAGACACAACAUCGUAUUUUGUCACUCUUGAUAAAAAAUAAAAUAUAUUAUUUACCAUAUUUGAACAGUAAU